GCGCGUCCCCGCCGCGGAGCGUCCUUGGAAUCUCCCGUUUUACCGGGAUAAUUCUGAAUUUUCCUUCCCGCUCCGCGCUAAACCACGCUGAGGAGGCUGCGGUGGGAGUAGCGGAAGAGCCUCGCUUGCCCUCAGUGCCGCGCUGCCCUCACGGAGCGGAGCCGCGGGUUUUGCCAUGGCUGCCGCAGCCGUGUGGCGCCGCGGGGCCGCCUGGCUGAGGAGCUGCCGAGCGAACCGGGAGCUGCCCGGUGUGCCCCGGGCCAGGGGCUGUGCUGGCUCCCGGGAGGUGGUGCCGACCUGCGAGCGGUACGCGGUGCGCAGGCUGCCCUUUGCUCGGCUGGCGGAUGGCGAUGUGGCGUUCUUCGAGCGCCUCAUGCCCGGCAGGGUCAUCACCGGCGAGGAGGAGGUGAAGCCAUUUAAUGUGGACUGGCUGAAGUCGGUGCGAGGCUGCAGCCAGCUGGUGUUGAAGCCCCAGACAACGGCAGAGGUGUCUCAGAUUCUCAGGUACUGCCAUGAGAGGAACCUGGCAGUGAACCCUCAGGGGGGCAACACAGGCCUUGUUGGGGGCAGUGUUCCUGUCUUUGAUGAGAUCAUUCUCUCCACUGCUCUCAUGAACAAGAUCAUCAGCUUUGACAAGGUGUCUGGAAUCCUUGUGUGCCAGGCAGGCUGUGUGCUGGAGAGGCUCAGUGAGUACCUGGAGGAGCAGGGGUUCAUCAUGCCCCUGGACCUGGGAGCCAAGGGCAGCUGCCACAUCGGGGGGAACGUGGCCACCAACGCCGGCGGCUUGCGGCUGCUGAGGUACGGCUCUCUGCGAGGGACCGUGCUGGGCCUGCAAGUGGUGCUGGCUGAUGGCUCAGCUCUGGACUGCCUGACCUCUCUGCGCAAAGAUAACACGGGCUAUGACCUCAAGCAGCUCUUCAUCGGAUCCGAGGGCACCUUGGGAGUUAUCACUGCUGUCUCCAUCCUCUGUCCUCAGAGGCCUAAGGCUGUGAAUGUGGCAUUCCUAGGGUGUCAGAGUUUUGCCAAGGUUCUGGAAACAUUCACAACCUGCAGAGCCAUGCUGGGGGAGAUCCUGUCUGCCUACGAGUUCAUGGAUGAGAAGUGCAUGGAACUGGUUGAGACACACCUCAAGCUGUCCAGCCCAGUGGCAGACAGCCCUUUUUAUGUUUUAAUUGAAACUUCGGGCUCCAACUCAACUCAUGAUGAAGAAAAAUUGCACAACUUCCUAGAGCAGGCCAUGGCUUCUGGUUUGGUCACUGAUGGAACUGUGGCAACGGACAAGAAGAAAAUAAAGGUGCUGUGGAGCCUGCGGGAGAGGAUCACCGAGGCCCUCACUCACGAGGGUUACGUGUACAAGUACGACAUCUCCCUGCCUGUGGGGAAGCUCUAUGACCUUGUCACUGACAUGAGGGCUCGGCUGGGCCAGAGUGCCAAAAACGUGGUGGGCUAUGGCCACUUGGGAGAUGGGAACUUGCACUUGAACAUCACUGCAGAGUCCUACAGCCAUUCCCUGCUGGAGGCCAUCGAGCCCUUCGUGUACGAGUGGACUGCGAGGUGCAGUGGGAGCAUCAGUGCAGAGCACGGGCUGGGCUUCAAGAAGAGGCACUUCAUUCACUACAGCAAACCCCACGAGGCAGUGCUGCUCAUGCAGCAGUUCAAAGCCAUGCUGGACCCCAAAGGGAUCCUCAACCCCUACAAGACUCUGCCCUCAGCUCCUGACGGGAGCACGUGCUGAGGAGGCAGCAGAGCAGCUCCAGCUCUGCACCUGCACUUGGGCCAUAAGCACUCUGGAUCAGCAAGAACAUGGAGUGGGAGUUUGAUUUUUUGAUUUUGUUAGUGGGAUGGAACAAGUAAAGGAAUGGGGUUGCUCUUGCUGAAGAACACACUGCUGGGUUUCCUCUUAGUCUGAACACUGAAACCAAACACUGUGUGUAUGUAUGAGUAUUCCAACUCUCUGUCCCCUUGGAUUUGCUUUGAUUUAUCAGUGACAGCAGCCAAAGGAGGCAUUUUCUCUCUUGGCUGUGCAAGUGAAGCAUCAGAGACACAGGAGAGCCUGUGGAUGUAAAUCUUCCAAGUGAAGGUGUUGCUUUUCCUGUCUUGGUUUGAACAGACAGGUGUCUGCUAAGGAAGGCAGGAGCCUCCCCUGAAAUGGAAAAUGUAAACCCCUCCCUCUGAAUUAUUAUGAUUUUGAAAUUAAGAGGCUCUCAGGCAAAGUUAUGGGAAUAGGAACAACAGUUCUUUACUAGGAAAAUUAAAAUAAAAAUGCAAUAGUACAAACAAAA